AUGCAGCCCACAGCCACCAUGGCCACAGCAGCUGCCGCCACCACUGUGGUGCUGACCACGUCGUGGGACAACACCACAGACCGCCCCACAGCGGCGUCCGACCCCAUCCUGGACAACUACGUGCUGCUGGUGGUGGUCAUGUCACUGUUCGUUGGCGGCACGCUGGUGGUGCUGUCGGGGGUGCUGCUGCUGUGCAGGCGCUGCUGGGAGGGGCACCAGCGUGCGCGCAGAGCCAUGGAGGACACAGAGAAGACCACCACCACCUACCUGGACAACGGCACCCACCCCACCCAAGACCCCGACUCCCGGGGCGAGGACCUUGAGGGCCAGGAGGCCGAGGCUGAGCGCUUCCUGUCCGCCAGUGCCACAGGCCGCCGGGUCUCCUUCAACGAGGCGGCCCUGUUUGAGCAGAGCCGGAAGGCACAGGACAAGGGCCGCCGGUACACCCUGACGGAAGGAGACUUCCACCACCUGAAGAAUGCCCGCCUUACCCACCUGCACCUGCCGCCACUCAAGAUCGUCACCAUCCACGAGUGUGACUUGGGGGAGGCCAGCACAACUGCCACACCCCACCCAACCACCGCCCCCAAGGCCAGCCUUGCCAUCUUCCAGCCCCCGGGGAAGGCCCUCACCGGCCGCUCUGUGGGCCCCAGCUCCGCCCUGCCAGGUGACCCCUACAACUCUGCCGCUGGUGCUGCCAACUUCGUUGAGAUCAGCCCCUCGGCAUCAAGUGACUCGGGGGAGGGCACCUCGCUGGAUGCGGGUGCCUGGAGCACCCAGGCCAGUGGGCCAGGGGCCGUGGCAGGGUCCGGGGAGGCGGGCACCAGCUCUGGGGCAGGCUCAGUUCUGCAGUUCCUCACCCGCCUACGGCGCCAUGCCAGCCUGGACGGGGCCAGCCCCUACUUCAAGGUCAAGAAAUGGAAACUGGAGGCCAGCCAGCGGGCUUGCAGCCUGGACACAAGAGGCUCCCCGAAGCGGCACCACUUCCAACGGCAGCGAGCAGCCAGCGAGAGCAUGGAGCAGGAGGAGGGCGACACCCCCCCCGCGGACUUCAUCCCAUACAUCGCCCGCGCUGGCGACGCCGUGGCCUUCCCGUCCCCCCGCCCCUUCCUGGCCAGCCCCACCAGCCCGCCCCCCACUCUCGGCAGGCUAGAGGCCACCGAGGAGCAGGGUGCCGCGGGGGGAGCCAGCCCUGAGUCACCCCCGGAAAGCAGCAGCAUGGGGCCUGAGCAGCAGCAAGAUUCAGACACCGACCGAGAGACGGGGCCGGAGCAGGCGCAGACCAUCUACAACGACAUAUGGAGCUUGCGCGCCUCGCUCGAGCUACACGCGGCCACUGCCUCGGACCACAGCAGCAAUGACCGGGACUCCGUGCGCAGCGGCGACAGCUCGGGCUCUGGGGGCCCGCCGCCGGCCUUCCCGCCGCCGCCCUCACCGCCACCUACGCCGCGACCCAAGGACGGUGAUGCCGGCGAGACUGGCGGGCCACGCAAGCUGCUGCAAAUGGACAGCGGCUACGCCAGCAUCGAGGGCCGCAGUGCUGGGGACGACGGGCCACCCACUGCUGUGCCAAUCCCCACGCGGCCCCGCAGCCCGCGCGCCUGGCCCCGUCGGGCCCCUCGGCGCGAUUACAGCAUCGACGAGAAGACAGACGCGCUCUUUCACGAAUUCCUCCGCCACGACCCCCAAUUCGACGAGGCGCCCGCGGCCGCCGCGCGUCAUCGUGCCCGCGCGCAUCCACACGCGCAUGCGCGGAAGCAGUGGCAGCAGCGGGGUCGGCAACACAGCGACCCUGGUGCGCGUGCCGCUCAGGCCCCGCACCCUUCUGGCAUCGAGCCCCGCCCUGCGCGUGCACCGCUGCGUCGCGGCGACAGUAUGGACGGUCCGCCCCCGCCUACGCGCGUGGCAGGUGCGGUCCCCGACGACGGGACCGCCAUUAUUCCGGUCAUCGAGGAGGAGCCUGGCGGCGGCGUCUGCUCCAGCUCAGGCCUGUGCCUCGAGCCCCCGGAGGCGCUGCUGCACAAGCUGGGGGCGAGCCUCGACGAGAGACUCUUCCCGCCGCGCCUCGCCCAGCCUGUCGCCGCGGGCCCAGUGCUGGCCACCGCCGCCCCCACGUCCCCCGACCACAGCCCGGCCUAA